AUGUCUCGACCUGGCAGAGUUUGCUACGCCCCGCCUUCGCUCAAUGUUGCCGAAAGCUCCCCUUCUUAUAACCGCUGCUGUACAGGAAGCGAGCUCUGGCCUGGUGCAUGCUAUCCUUCGAAUAUUGGUGACACGGGGCGUUCUCGAGUAGCUGACUAUACCAACACAGGCAUUAUGAAAGUGUUUUGUUUUUCGGAAUCAACAUAUCUCAAAAAUGCAGCUGAUUAUUUGAUUGAUGCUGGGAGCUCAUAUUUCAAAUUCAACUUCUGGCUGCUAGUCAGAUCACGUACCGAAAAGUUUCCCGGCCUAGGAAUUGCCACAGAAUUGGUUAUGAGCCUUGUGAGCCAAAUGACUCGAGAUACCGUGGUUGAAGUGUCCUAUCGGCUCAGUGGUGAUCCGAUAUUCUAUUUUGCAUCCACGACAAAUUUGAAAAUCGAUAUUGAUAUGGGCAACUGUGAUGAAGACAAUUUGUUGCCAGCGGCCAUAGUUGCAUGUCCUGUCGGCAUCCUGGAGAUGCCACAUGCCCUGAUACUCUCUGGGAAUUGGGCUCUCGUCGCCGCAGCGGCCGGUUACUUUCUGAAGGAGGAUAUCGGGCUCUUCGAUGCGCCCUUCUUCAAUCUCACCAAGCAUGAGGCUGAGUCUCUUGACCCAGAACAACGUGUGAUAUUCGAAUGUACCUACGAGGCUCUUGAGAAUGGAGGCAUUACUUUAAAAUCAUUGGCCGGUGAACAGGUGGGCAUUUUCGUGGGCGCCUCGCUUUCAGACUACGAUUUGAACAGUUUCAAGGACAGUGAAAAUAUUUCACGGUAUAACGCUACCGCAUGCGCAUUGUCGCUUCAAUCCAACAGAAUUUCAUGCCAUUUCAAUUUCAAAGGACCAAGCAUGUCCAUGGAUACUGCGUGUUCGUCGAGCUUGACUGCAUUACAUGCAGCAUGCCAGAGCAUUCGUUCAGGUGGAUCCACUUGCGCUAUAGUUGGUGGCUGCUAUCUAAAUAUAUUGCCAGACGUGUUUAUAUCCAUGUCUUUGCAGAGAGCGCAUUCUGGAUUUGGGAAUUAUCCAGUAUUCACCGCGGCAAUGGAAGCGGCGGAUCAGUGCUUAACCAAUCUAGGUUCUAAGUUCUCUAUGAUUUUUGGUAUAGGUCGCAGCCCACAAGCAUCCCUUUGGCAACCGGCUUUUGCUGUUGGAGAUGAGGUAGCGGAUUUUGAAGUUGGUGACCGGGUUUGCGUUGUCUCAAAAGGGGCCUUUGCAAACUAUUCCCGUGUUCGAGGAACAAGCGCCUGGAAAAUCCCAGGACAAUUGAGUCUCAAAGUGGCCGCAUCCAUCCCGAUUGCAUUCUGCACAGCCUUCUAUUCCUUGUUCGAAGUUGGACGACUGCAGUCUGGAGAACGGAUUCUUAUUCAUGCAGCGGCAGUCAUCUUGGCCAAACCGAUUAGUGCAGAAAUCUUUGCAACGGUGGUAGUCAUUGAACUCUCUGGCUGGGACACAUUACGGGCGAGUUGGGAACGCAUUGCCCCUUUUGGGCUAUUUAUUGAAAUGGGUAAGAAGGAUAUCAUGCGGAAUUUGAGGCUGGAAAUGACCAAUUUCGACCGCAAUGUGAGCUUUGCAUCUCUGGAUUUGACUUUACCGGCUAACAAACGCCCGCAGUUGAUGAAAAAGAUGCUAUCUGGAGGCUUCAAGAUGUUUGGCCUUGGUGCUGCUAAGCCUGUAUCACCAAUCACUUGCCUUUCAAUAUCCAAUUUCCAAGAAGCAUGCCAUUGCUUGCAGGCUGGUCGCAGUAUUCAAAAAAUAGUGAUUGAAACAGAAAAGAAUGCUUUAGUCAAGGUAUGCCCAAGGAAGAAAGCAGGUACCUUGUGCUCUCCAGAAGCCUCUUACCUCAUUGUUGGCGGGACCGGGAGUCAUGGCCGCAAUAUCACAUCGCGGCUAGCUGAGAAAGGGGCUCAACGUAUAAUUGUCAUCUCACGAACUGGUAGCAAAGAUCAAGGAGUUGGGAUGCCAGUCAGGGAACUUUCUGCUAACGGAGCGACAGUCGUCGUAUACCAGUGUGAUGUUAGUAGUAAGGAAGAGGUAGAAGGCAAACUGGUAUCAAAGCUACCACAUAUUCCACCGGUACGAGGGGUCAUAUAUGGCGUAAUGGUUCUUCGUGUCAGUGACGCCUCUUAUCUCCCAAUAUUGCCAACAUAUUCAAACCAACUAACUUUCAUUCAGGACACAUCGUUCGAACACAUGAGCUAUAGCGAAUACGAUGCUGUCGUGAAACCCAAAGUUGCUGGAGUCUGGAAAAUCCACCACGCAUUUCUAGGAUUAAACUGCGAUCUUGAUUUAUUCAUCACACUCUCCUCAAUAGCCAGCCUUGUUGGUAACCGAGGUCAAGCAGCAUAUGCCGCGGGAGGCACAUUUAUGUCAGCUUUUGGACACAAUAGAAACUCGGUGGGUUUGCCUUGUACUACGAUUGAUUUAGGCCCAGUCCAAGGAAUUGGGUAUCUUGCAGAAAACGAACAAAGGAAGACUGACGUUGCGGACACGUUGAGUGUUGAUUGGAUCGAUGAUACUGAACUCCACAGGCUACUUGCCGCAGCAACCACAGGUGAUUUGGCGAACACCUGCCAACACCACUGCAUCACAGGUCUAGGGGCAUUGCAUGGUCGACCCCUUGGUACAAAAGUAUCGAUAAUAAUGAUGAAGUCCGACCGUUCAAAACCACUGGGAGCUGACGGGUUGGACUCCCUUAUUACCAUUGAGGUACGAAACUGGAUUUUCCGCGAGAUUCAAGCGGGCUUACAAAUUAUGGAACUUCUAUUAGCAAAGCCAUUGGUGGAACUAGCAGGGCUGAUAUUGAAACAGUCGAGAAUCAUCAGUGCAGCAUUGAAAUCUAGACGGGCAUUAAGUUGA